AUGCGUGCGCAGUCCUUCAUCACAACGCUGCUGGCAGCUGUAGCCUCCGUUGUAGCAGCCGCGCCUAGUACCCUUCACGCCCGAAGCGUCGCUUUUGACUGGGAUACCGAGAAAGUGCGAGGCGUCAACAUUGGCGGUUGGCUCGUCGUGGAGCCAUUCAUCACACCAUCCAUCUUCGAGAAGUACGACUCAGAAGAAUGGCCAGUCUUUGACGAAUGGACGCUUUGCGAGCGACUUGGCUACGAUGCUUGUGCCGAUGUGCUGAAGCAACAUUGGGAUAACUUCGUCUCAUUGGACGACUUUUGGAAGAUCAAGAAUUCCGGCUUCAACAUCGUGCGCAUUCCCGUCGGUUACUGGAGCUACGUGGAACCCUGGGGCCCUUACAUCGCCGGUGCCGCUCCCUACCUCGACGCCGCAAUCGACUGGGCGCGCCAAACCGGUCUCAAGAUCAUCAUCGACCUCCACGGCGCACCCAAAUCCCAGAACGGCUUUGAUCACAGCGGCCACACAUCAUCUUGGCCAUCCUGGGGUGACGCCGAGAGUCUGAGCCAUACACACGCUGCACUCAGCGUGAUCUCACAAAAGUACGCCAAACCAGAGAUGCAAGACGUCGUUAUCGCCAUCCAAUUCCUCAACGAGCCUUUCCUACUAAAGCUCGAUCGCGAGAUGGUCAAACAGUUCUACAACGACGCGUAUUGGAGCCUACGAGAUAUCAGCGACACACCCGCCAUGAUGCAUGAUGGCUUUGAGAACCCGUCUUGGCUGAACGGUUUCCUGACUACCAAGGAUGGCGCUAGCAAUGUGAUUGUCGAUCACCAUGAGUACCAGAUUUUCGGAGAUGGUAUCAACGGCAUGUCCAUCGACCAACACAUCGCUCUUGCGUGCAACUCUGUCACCAACUACGACACCUCCGACAAAUGGACCAUCGUAGGCGAAUGGUCCGGCGCCUUCACAGACUGCGCCCCGCACCUCAACGGCUUCCACUUGGGCUCCCGCAUGGAAGGCAGUUUCCCCGGCUCCUACUACAUCGACACCUGCGCCGGCAAAUCCGGUCCUGUUUCCUUGUGGUCUCAGGAUUGGAAGAACAGCGUACGCCGCUACAUCGAAGUUCAACUCGAUGCGUAUGAAGCCAAGACCAAAGGAUGGAUCUUUUGGAACUUCAAGACUGAGGGCGGCGCGGGCGAGUGGGAUCUGUUUCAGUUGCUUGAUGGGGGUGUUUUUCCGCAGCCGUUGGAGAGUAGAUGGUUUGAGAGGGCUUGUACGAACUUUUAG